AUUCCAGAGUACACUUUUUGUCCUCCUCAGUCCUCACGACAAGUUUUUUCCUAUUCUAAAUAAAACGACGACGUUUCCUGUUCUAAACAAAGCGACGACGUUUUGCUUGUAAGAGUUAGGGUUCUGUUUAACUUCGUUGCCUCAACUGCACGGACUUGCGUUCUUGCCCUGCUGCCUGCAUGCUGCCUACGCCACUGAUCUUCUCUUUGUUGCCUCGCCGUCGCCGGUCCGAUCGUCCCUUCCUUCAUGGAUUCCCAGGAUUUGGAAAAGCUAUCCAAGGAUUCCGGACUAACUGAACGUGAGCUGCAAGAGUUUUACAAUAGACGGAAGUCAAUUAUAUGGGUAAUUAGACUUAAAUAUAAGGUUCGAGGGGUAGAAUCUGUAACAUUUGGAACUGGUUUCUCUGUUAGUAGUGACGGACUAAUAUUUACUAGUGCUCAUUUUUUCCCAAAGACUUCGUAUACAAUUGAUGUUAGGAGGUUAGAGGAAGUUGGUUCUCACUCGGCUAAUGUAGUUUACGAGAAGCCGAAAUGGGAUAUUACUUUAUUGCAAGUUAUAGAUGUAAAUGAUUGUCAGUAUGCUACACUUACUGAUAAUGAUUCACUAUCGGUGGCCCAAACUUUAUUACACAUAGGGAAUCCUGAUAAUUUUGUGGGCUCGUUUUUGGUGGGUAAAGUUGCAUUUGGAUGUGUAGACGAUAUCGAAAUACCUAUAGGCAGUGUAACUUGUAGAACUUAUGCACCUACUGCCAUGGAGACCCCACCUAAGUUUAGAAUUAUGGGUGAUGUUUGGAAUGAACAUGUACUUGGUAAUUCGUCUGUUGGAAAAUCUUUUGAGAAAAAUCUUCACCCUUGUACCCCUAUCAUACAAAUGUAUGGCCUUAUUUGUGGAGAAGGUUCUUCAGGUGGCCCUGUUUUCAAUGUUAAAGGGGAAGUUGUAGGGAUGGUUUCGGGGAGUGCAUCUGGAUAUGAAUACGCCAUCCAUGUUGCAAUGUUGAGAGAAAUACUAAAGUUGUUUAAAGAACAAAACCCAGGCAACUAAGAUUGGAAAAGAAAAGAUAGUCCAAAUCCUAAAUUUCAGGGCGGGGAUUCCAAGAAAUUCAAGCCACUUCCAACUGACCAAAAAGGAAAAGGUAAAGUUGCAUAAAAGAUAUGAAGCUUGAAGACUCACAUAUAGGUAUUGAGACUGCAUAGAUAACAAUUGCUAACAAGAUUUUUUGGAAGCUGAUAGAUGUCAGUAGUUUAAUUACAUCCUGAACUGUUGAUCCUGAGAGAUAUUAGGCAUAUUUGCUGUAAUUGCAUGUGUCGGCAGAUUGUUAUGCGUCAAACAAAAGGAGUUUGGCUUGAUAACACAUUAGUAUUAGAAAGAAGACAAAUUACUUUCUUAUGUCAGUAGAUUGUUAUGCUUCAAACGAAAGGAGUUUGGCUUGAUAACCAUAUUUCCUAGAAAGAAGAUAGAUUACUUGCUUGCUUGCGGCUAGUUUUAUUUUUUAGCUUCUUCUCAUUAUAUGAUUACAAAACCUAAGAAGUAUGGGUUGAUGAAAGAUUGAAUUCUUACC